GAAUUAUUGCAUGCUAGAUAGGGUAUAUUUUAUUGAUUUCAUAUUUCCCUCUCCCUUCAUUGUUUGACCAAGUGUUGUUCACUUGCACUGACUUAACCUACCUACUGGCGCAUGCACAAUCGAGGAAAUAAGAAUUUAUAGUAUAUAUAUACAUUCAUAGGCUAUCUACAAGCAUAGGUAAGAAAAAGCAACUGAAAACAAGAAAAUGCGCCUAUCGCCACUAAAAUAAAUUCAUUAGCAAAUCAACAUCCUUGCUGAAAGCGUCCGUUCAUCGUCGAACCAUCCACAUCCACAUCCCAAUCCCAGACUUUUACUACCUACCUACCUUUACAAACCACACAAGCAACGGAGUUCUCAUUCUCCACCUCAAUACAACCACCAACAAUACAACCACAAAUUUUUUGGCUUUCGCGCUUGAUAAGAUAUCCUUCAAACCUCUCAAGAAUUUGUUAUUGUUCUACUCCGGCUGGCCGAGAAUAUCGGGCUGGAUUCAUAUUCGCUAUUACCUGGAAACAUUAGAGGGAAGCACACAAGGCAGCCAACAUUUGAAGGGUGCGAUAAGGGUACCGUACAAUGAUGGAGGACGUCCUGCGGGGGAUGCAGCAAUCAACUCUCAUGACCUCGGUCUUGUCCUCAACGCCAACGUCGAUACCCAUAAUAGCUGGCGCUCAGGAAGCUCUUCGAGAUACAUUCCAACAACCGACGAGUGUUCAAUAUGUGCCGGCUGCUGCCGCCAGUAGCCUUAGCGACAAUGUUCAACUUCAGUCUAGUAAUGAUUCGACGCUAAAUGGUGUGGUGAUAGGAUUACUGAGCUCAUUUGGCUCGGCCAUAUUGAUAGCUUUAAUCUUCUUGAUUGUUUAUUUCUUCAAAUAUACAAGCAGUGGAAGGAUUUUACUGGACCGGAUCGGAAGGCCGGGAGAAUAUGAUGAUGAACAGGCUUUUGCAAAGGAAGAGGCGGAAGCCUUGGAGGAAAUGGAUGAUUUACAAAGAACUGAAUAUUUGAGAGCCAAAGGUGCGUCUCUUCGUCAACUACUCAUCUCUUGAUAUGCUAAUCAUAUUGUCUACAUAGCAUUCGUACAAUCAAACCCACCCGAUUCAUUACCAACCGACAUUUCUUUAUCGCAAUAUUUGGCAAUUCAGGAAAAGGGAGUCUCUGCUUGGGAGUUUGAACCAGAGUUAGAGAUUGCAAAUUGUUUUGUAGAGGCUAGGACGGAAAUCGAGUUCUUCGAUAGUGAAUGUUGCACUCUUACGAAUUUACCAGUACCAAAACAGAACGAGGUUUACUACUGGGAGUCUAAGAUUUACGAUAAGCCGGAAAAUACUCUCAUUAGCAUCGGAGUAGCUACAAAGCCUUACCCUUUGUUCAGAUUACCAGGUAUGUUGUUUCGGUCAUGAAUGGUGAAGAAAGUUACUGAUACAAGGCAGGAUGGCACAAGUAUUCUGUGGCUUAUACAUCUACUGGACAUCGAAGAUAUAAUCAACCUUUUAGCGGACCGGUAUAUGGACCACAAUAUGUUCAAGGAGAUGUUAUCGGAGUAGGAUAUCGACCUCGAACUGGCACAAUUUUCUUCACUCGAAAUGGAAAGAAGCUCGAAGAUGUAGCACACGGUCUGAAAUCACAGAAUCUUUUCCCAGCUGUUGGAGCAAAUGGUCCUUGCACAGUACAUGUCAACUUCGGGCAAUCCGGAUUCGUUUUUAUUGAAGCAAAUGUUAAGAAAUGGGGCUUAGCACCUAUGACUGGUAGUCUUGCCCCUCCUCCUCCAUAUGGUAGUGAACAAGGAAGCAUUUUAUUAGAGGCUGGACGAGAGGGCGCGCAGAGUAGUCAUGGUUAUUAUCAACCGGAUCCACGACAUGGACGAACUCGAAGUGGAAAUUUUAGGCAUGGUCCACCUACAAGUCCCGGACCAUUACGAUCACCCACAGAUAUUUCUUUAGCUCAACUUACACACAUUCCUUCACAUGAAGAGCCCGGCGAGGCAUCGAAUAGUUCUACACCAGCACCUACAGGAAAUACGACAACGCAACCUGGAUUAAGCGUACACGAUAAUGCACAACCUCCUCCAGAAUAUACAAGUCCUUUACCAUCAGAAGCAGGAAGUCCUCGAGGAAGCACAGAUGGUGAAAGGACACCAAUGCUAAGAAGAAAAACUACACCACCACCUAUACCUAGUUAUAACGAUGCAGUAGCACAACGAAAUAGAAGUAAUAGUCAUCGAGAUCGGGUUGGAAGUCGCAGAGAAAGAAGUGAUAGUCAUCAAGCUCGACACGGAGAUGGAAGCCCCUCUCGAUCAUGAUUUAGCAUAGUGUGAAUACACCAGAAGAAUUUGACAUGAAGCGAGGAGUUUAAAAGAAAACGGAGGGGGCGAUCAAGUUUGAAUAAAGGAUUUUGAUACGUUAUGGAUCAAGUGCUGGAUCGCGGUAACAUUUUGGGACGUGGGACUUGGAGUUAAAUAUGAAAAUAGCGUGGUGUGGUAUAUUUCCUAUGUUGUUGAACUGAAUGGUGGUCUGGUGCGAUUUUUGGUAUGGUCUUGCUUGGCUUGGUAUGGCAAGGAAGGGUAUGGUUGAAGAAGGAAUGGAGGAAUUGUUAUCGGCGUCUUGGGAGUUAUAUGAUGGAUGGGUCCUUGAACAUAAGAUGAGAAGGUUUUGAAAGAAGGAUAUUGAGAUGGCGAUUGUAAGAAUGGGAGGGUUUUUGGUGACAGAGUGUUUUUCGAGAAGUGAAUCGGCGAAUGGUGGGAUGGGAUGAGAUGAGAUGAGAUACAUAGGAAGAGAAUGGAAUGGAGGAAAUGAAGCUUGUGCUGAUUGCUAGGCUAGGCUAGGUGAUUGAGGUGGAAAGCGUCAAUCAAUUUGACUUGUGCAUAAGAUAGUAGUUGAUGCAAUACAAAUAUAUCAUGUUCCUUUGUCAAUAUCAAAUAAA